AUGUUUUGCUUACAUUGGUUUGGAUUUCCAUCGAAUCAAGAUUCUAUAAAAUCUAGAGAUGUGUCAAUAAUGGAUAUGCCGGAUUUGGUGAUGAGAAAGAUUAUGGAAAAUGUGGAUUUUAUAAUCAUUCUGAAGCUCCGAAAAGUGUGUCACGCACUCCGAAACUUCAUCGAUGACACAACCCAGGAUUACGGGUUGACACACAUACAAUUUUCGGUGUACCCUUCUAUGAUCAGUGUCGAAAUGCGUGCUUCCUGGGGACUGAUUGGCCUUCAUUAUGUCAGAUACGGAGGAGAAAGUUGUUUGAGACACGUGACAACAGAUUGUACUAACAAAACCAAUCUCAUGAAAGGCGAAGAUUUUGUGGAAGCGUUUUUCGAUGAAAUUGGUGUAAUCUUGAAAAUCCAUAAGGCCCCUCUAGAGGAUUUGUCAAUUCAUGCAUGUAAUUCGAAUGACUUCCGCAAAAUUUCAUUUGACAAAAAUCUAAUGCGGAAAUGGCAGAAUACUAAUUGGAUAUUCGGAUGGUGCAGUCGUCAACAUGACUAUAACAUUGAAAAACAUUUGAGUAAGAUGAAUAAGGACUUUCUGUUAAAACCAACGGCUGACAAGUUCUAUGAUGGUUUGGAAAAGAUUUUGGGAUCUAGGGACUCUCAGAUGCGUGUAAAAUGUAUGGCUGCUCAAGUCAUCAUACCACAAUAUUUCUUGAAAAUUGCUCCUUUUAUUGAUAUGAAACAAAUCAAAUACCUCGAACUAAUGAAUGAAAGUGAUGUGGCGAACAAAAAGUUGAAAUUCGAUGGAAUAGUGGAACUCGAGAACUGGGAGUGUAUUCAAGACUUGAGAAUCAAAGGAUUCGGAAUAACAGUACCUCUAGAGAAAUUUCUCCACAAGUCGAGUCUGAAAAUUUCAAUUCCAACAAUUUCGAUGGUAGAUGUACUUCUGAUACAAACUAACUUUCUGAAUUCUCCAUCGUUCUUCGAAGAAUACACUAUUUAUUAUGAGCAUUUGACUACAGAUAUGGAGGAGAUGUAUUCGAUUCUUGGUUAUUUUACUGAUGCAUAUGAUGAGAAAUGCUGGGGAUAUGCGAUUCCGGAAACUGAUAAAAUACUUGAAAUUCGCCAUAGCAGUUCGCAUCGCUAUUUCACUUUCACAUGGGACGAAGAAGAACCAUUUUCACGUUCUGAGGAUAUUGAUUUUUGA